AAAAUAAAUAGAUAAAUAAAAAAAUAAUGUAAAAAUAUUUUAAACAAUUUUACAGUAUCAUCAUGUGUUCCUUGACAGUGCUUGACACUUGACAGUCAUAACAAUUUUUUUUAUUAACUGAUAAUAUUAUAAUAACAAAGCUCAGCUGAUAAUUUUGCUCCAACCAGCUCCAAGUCACUCCAAGUCUCCAACUCAUCAUUUUGGAUUUGGUCUACCAACACAUUUAUUCUUCCAUUUAUUUAAAUAAUAAUUUAAUAAUUAUGGCUAUUCAAAAUUCAUUGACAAGCUUCAAAGAACUUCUGGACAUUGAGCCACCUUUUGGAGCAUACCUGUCUGGAAAAUACAUAAAGAGCUUUGCUUAUUUAACAAUUAAAGACAGACUUCCAGUGAUAAUUACAAAAAUUAUUGACAAUUUAAGUCGUACCAAAGAGUCAAUAAACAAGAAACAUGGUGGAAAUUCUGCUGAAGAAGUGAAACAAAUAAUAGGAGACUUGAGUAAGCUGAGAAGUGAAAUGAUGACCAACAAACAACUUCAACCACUGGAAUUAUCAAAUACAAAUAAAGAUGCUGAUGCAGCAAUUUGGAAUAAACGUCUUGAAGAACAACAAGUCAUUGAUAAAUCACCACAAACAUGGUACAAUUCAUGCUGGUUGCUGUCAGAAUGCUACAUGUAUCGAAGAAUAUCACAAAUAUUUUCUUUAACAAAUAGCUUGUCAUCAUUUGAUCCAUUUGAAGCACAAAAACAAGCUAAUUUUACAGAUUCAAUUGGUUCAAUUGGUUUUCUAGCAAAACACGUAAUGUCAUUGGUGAAUAAAAAUUCUAGUUAUUCAUUAGAUGAUCAAAAUAAAGAUUUAAAACAAUUGUUAAAGUUAAAUCUUUGGGGAAAUAGAUGUGAUUUGUCAUUGAGCAGUGGAGACAAAAGUAAUGUUGAUGGUAAUCCAGUUGAAGGAUUGUCAUUAUUUGAUGAUGACUUGCUGAUUGACAAUACCCAAUGUGUAUGGAAUCUUUUAAACAGCCAUAAAAAUACUGAUGUUAUUGUUGAUAUUGUUUUGGAUAAUUCUGGAUAUGAAUUAUUUACUGAUUUAUGUUUAGCAGUAUAUUUAACAAGUCAUAGAUUUACAAAUAAAAUACGUUUUUAUGUAAAACGUAUACCUUGGUUUGUAAGUGAUGUUACUCAACAAGAUUUUCAUUGGACAAUUGAAUUUAUGAAUAAUUCAAUGAAUAAAGAUAUCAAAGCAUUUGGUGAAGUUUGCUCAAAUUAUUUAAAUUCUGGAAAAUGGAGUAUUGAGAUUGAAUCAUUUUGGACAGAACCAUUUGAUUAUUCUGAAAUGAAAAUGCAAUCACCAGAGCUGUAUUCAAAAUUAUCAAAUGCUAUUUUAGUUAUUUUUAAAGGUGACUUGAACUAUAGAAAAUUAUUAGGUGAUAUUAAUUGGGAUCAUUCGACUGAUUUAAUGACAUCAUUGAGAGGUUUUAAUCCAACAAAUUUAGUAACAUUGAGAACGUUAAAAGCUGAUCUUGUUGUUGGUUUAGAUAAUGACACAAUUAAUAAGCUAAAUGCCAAAGAUAAAAAUUGGAUGGUCACUGGACAAUAUGGAGUUAUCCAUGCAAUCAUCAAAUGAAAAUAAUUUUUACAAAAUUAAACAAGAAUAAAGCAAUGAAAAUAAUAAAAUUAAUUAUUUUUACAAUUUAAUUUAAUCACCUUUCAAAUGGUUUUAAAAUAAUAAAAAAGUUUUUCGUUUUUAUUUUCUGAUUUUUGUUUAUUCCAGUACACUUUGGAGUAAUACAAUAUCCAAUAAUAAUAAUAAUAAUAAUAAUAAUGAUAUUGAGUCUAUUAAUUAAUACAUGAUAAUAUCUUUUUUUUUUUUCUUGAUUUCUAUAAAUGUUUGUACAAUUAUCUAUUUAAUAAUUUUUAUGAAAUAACAGAGAAUAAUGACUUAAUUAAAAUAUUUUAUUAAUAGUAUAAUCAACAUCCUAAAAAAGAAAAAAAAAUUAAAAA